AUGACGCCCCUCGACCUUAGGUUUAGGGGGCAUCUCCACGAGCUCUCGGACGGGCGUGCGGCUACGUAUCCUACGAAUAGCCUGCGAAUCGAUAGCGCGCAGACCGAAUGUCUCUGGGAUGCGCUUGCGGCCGAAGAAGUUCUGACGAACCAGGGUGGUGCCGAGGACGGCACGCCGACCGAUUCGCGGUCGACUUUUUAG